UCUUUCUUUGAUUAGGAGCAGAUCGGUGGGCCGAUGCCGAGGCAGUAAUAGAAAGAACAACGGGAAAGCGAACCCACGCUCCGCAUGCCGCCCAAAAACCUCGAGUCCAACGGCUGUAGUGCUCGCCGAAUCAGCAACCCUAAUCCCGCCCAAAGCUUACCGCUAGCCGCUAGCCGUGCAAUGGCCGCCGUGCGCGUUCGCGAUGCCCCGCCACCGCCGGUGAUUGGGAAGGCCGGGAGGUACACCGUUUUCAUCACCCCUCCGCGCACCCCGAAGCCUUGUGAGGAUUCUGGUUCGAAAAGCGCGAGCCCUGAGGCCGGGCCUGUUUCCAGCCCUGGAAAGGUGGCUCUUUUACCAGAAACGACUGUCCGUUCGCCUUCGCCGAUGGCUGUGGAGGUUUCCUCGCCCAUAGUUAGCGCUAGCCCUGGAAAGGUGGUCCCUUUGCCGGAGAAGGCUUCUCCUUUGCCGCCUCCGGUGCAGGUCCCGCCGCUUCAAGUCGAGAAGCAGGCCGCCAAGUCAUCCGGAUCCGUGUUCGGGUUCUUCUGGGACGCCAUUACCAGAGUUCAAGAUGUGCAUUCGAACUUGGAUGAGUGUUUAGCGGAUUGGUUCGGCUUAAACCAGUCAAAAUAUCAGUGGGCCUUGAACGAUUACUACGAUUAUACUGGAAAGAAGGAAGGGGUUAAACGUGAUCGGUUGAAAGAAAUCGGUUGUAAGGAGCAAUCUGUAUGACACUUCACAUCAGAAAAGCUUCUCCGAAUUGGUUCCAAGUUUGAAGUUGUUUGGUAGUUAUAUAUGAUGCAACCGUUUUCUUGUCUGGCCCAACCAGCUCAAUGUUCCAGUAUAGCCAAUUCUAGAUCUUUUACUAGUUAUCAUUUUCAGUCAUGCUAUUCGUAAACCCAGUCACAUUCGCGUGUCUAAGAAUGUAGUAGAACUCUCAUCUGAAAUCAUGCUUUGUUUAUAUAAUUGCAAGCAAUCAAAGCAAUUGUUCUUUCCCA